UGCCUCCAACACAAUUUUCUUCAAUCCGAAAAUCACAACAUAUGAAAAUCGUCCAGUAAAAAGUUUUGCAAAUAAAUGAGCUCUCAUUGUGUUCUUCCUUUGACAAAAUGUGGUACCUCAUAACACCAUUAACGGGGUAUAUAAUUAGGGUCUCUUCAUCUAAUUGUCAGAAAAAAAAAAUGAAAAAAAGAAAAAGAGGAAAACACGUCUCUUAUUUCAUGCCCGCAAGGGACGUCGCUUAUUGACAUGUGUCAAAACAAGAGUGGGUGGAGAGAAGAUGGUGUCGACCUUCUCGUUUUCUCUCUGUCUCGAUUCCUCUCCUCUACGAAACCUCUGUCUCUCUUGAUUCUUUUCUUCUCAUCGGUGGCUCCUCCCUUCUCCGAUCUAUCUAUCUCUGUGGCUCCUCCUUCUCCGAUCUAUCUCUCUCGGUGGCUGUCGUCGGUGAUCUAUCUCUCCUCGCCGUUCUAUCUCUCUCGAUUCCUCUCGUCGAGUAAUCGCUUUGGCCUUCUCUCCAGAAUCAUCUCGUCUGUUACCUCUCUCUCUCUUUUCGGUGAUCUAUCUCUCUGUGGCUCUCUUCGAGGGCGACGGAACCCUCUAUCUGUGGCUCUCCUAAAAUCAAAAGGUAAACGGGUUGUUUGGUUGUUUUUGCAUGUUUUAGAUUAUGAUUGUUCUUGGUCUGAUCGAAUGUUUUAUUUGUUUUGUCUGCUGAUUCUGUCUCCCUGUGGCUCUCAUUGACGGUGACGGACCAUUGUCUCGGUGUCUGUCGGGGAGUGGAAAGUGUAUUUAGAUGGAUGUAUCAAGAGAGCCGAGCAAGGGUCAUCGGACAAAGGAGUACGCAACUACACAGGUCACACGUUAUGUCUUGUACUGGGAGCAUUGACAUUGGCUUAUGUCACGGACUAAAAGACGUUGGUGUCUUGUGUGUCACGGGCUUCCAAAGACCACUUUUUUUUUCUGUACUUGCUCACGGGCUUUGAAAGACCACUUGUAACAAACACAAAAAGCUUGUUUUAUGUCACGGACUUGUAUAUGUUGAUUUGUAGACUUGUAUGUUUCUGUCUAUAUAUAUCAUCAGUUUCUCAAUCGAGUUGUCACCACACCAAACUCACCUUCUCUCUCGACUUGUAACAAACCAAACUCACCUUCUCUUUAUCAACUUGUAAGAAUCAAAACUCAUCAUCCCUCUCAACUCGUCUUUAUAAACAACCCAUCUUCUCUCUAUUUUAAACACCAAAGUCAUCUUCUCUCUUAAAUAAACAACUCAUCUUCACUCUUUAAUCAUUAUGGCUUCUUCUUCUCAAACAAAUGUAGAUGAUACGUUUGACGAUGCAUUUGAUGAGGUCUUUGAUCAGCAGUUUGAUCAAGCCUUUGAAGAUUUGACCAUUCAAGUUGAACAAAAAGAACGGAGAAAAAGAAGAAAGAAACGAGCUUAUAUAGAAAGAAAUCGAGAAGAAGGCAAUGUACGUUUAUGGAAUGAUUAUUUCAGUGAAACUCCGACGUAUCCUGAACAUUAUUUUCGACGACGUUUUAGAAUGAACAAGAGAUUGUUCAUGCACAUUGUUCAUCGACUCUCCAACGAAGUUCACUUCUUUUCUCAAAGAAGAGAUGGUCUGGGAAGGCUUGGUCUUUCAUCACUCCAAAAGUGUACAGCAGCCAUUCGUGUCUUGGCUUAUGGUAGUGCAGCUGAUACGGUAGACGAAUACCUCCGGCUAGGUGAAACUACAACUCGGUCAUGUUUGGAGAAUUUUGUUGAAGGAAUUAUUUAUUUGUUCGGCGAUGAGUACCUAAGAAGACCAACACCAGCAGAUCUUCAACGUCUACUUGAUAUUGGAGAUCGUCGUGGAUUUCCCGGGAUGAUAGGAAGCAUCGAUUGUAUGCAUUGGGAGUGGAAGAAUUGUCCCACCGCUUGGAAAGGGCAAUAUUGUCGUGGUUCGGGAAAACCAACAAUCGUUUUAGAGGCGGUUGCUUCAUAUGAUCUCUGGAUAUGGCAUGCAUUUUUUGGACCUCCAGGUACCUUAAAUGAUAUCAAUGUUCUUGAUCGCUCUCCUGUUUUUGAUGACAUAAUAAAAGGUCAAGCUCCGCAAGUCACUUACUCUGUCAACGGAGAGAGUAUAAUUUGGCUUACUAUCUCACUGAUGGUAUCUACCCAAAAUGGGCAACUUUUAUCCAAUCUAUUCGAAUACCACAAGGGCCAAAAGCCGUUUUAUUUGCUCAACGUCAAGAAGCUGUCCGUAAAGAUGUCGAGCGUGCUCUUGGAGUCUUGCAAGCUCGAUUUGCCAUUGUUAAAAAUCCGGCACUUUUUGGGAAUAAAGUCAAAAUUGGGAAGAUUAUGAGAGCAUGUAUCAUACUCCAUAAUAUGAUAGUAGAAGACGAACGAGAUGGAUACACUCUAUUUAAUCUUUCAGAGUUUCUACCAGGAGAAGACAACGGAAGUUCACAUGUCGAUCUCACGUAUUCUACAGAUAUCCCUACAAAUAUCGCCAAUAUGAUGGGUGUUCGAACUAAACUUCGGGAUAGACAGAUGCAUGAACAACUGAAAGCUGAUUUGGUUGAACAUGUGUGGCGUAAAUUUGGACC